UCCUGGUUGAUCUUUAUCUGUGAACAGACAGGUAGAGUCAGAUGCAUGACACUAUGUGUUACUUUGUCUCUCCAGGUGUUUGCAAAAGUGUUCAGCCAUGAGGCCUUGGAGUCCUACCUCCCGAAAAUCCAGCUGGUCAUCCAGGAGAGCCUCCGAGUAUGGAGCUCCAACCCUGAGCCCAUCAACGUCUACAGGGAGAGCCAGAGAUUGUCGUUCACCAUGGCGGUGAGGGUGCUGCUGGGAUUCAGGGUGUCAGAGGAGGAGAUGAGGCAUCUGUUCUCGACCUUCCAGGACUUUGUCGACAACCUGUUCAGCCUGCCGAUAGACCUGCCGUUUAGCGGCUACAGGAAGGGUAUCCGUGCACGAGACACCCUGCAGAAAAGCAUAGAGAAGGCCAUCAGGGAGAAGCCGCUGUGCUCCCAAGGGAAGGAUUACAGCGACGCGCUGGAUAUCCUGAUGGAGAGCGCCAAAGAGAACGGCACCGAGCUCACCAUGCAGGAACUGAAGGAGUCGACUAUCGAGCUGAUCUUUGCUGCCUUUGCCACCACGGCCAGUGCCAGCACCUCCCUAAUCAUGCAGCUCCUCCGCCACCCAACCGUCCUGGAGCGCCUGAGGGAGGAGCUGAGAGCCAGGGGUCUCCUCCACAAUGGCUGCCUUAUGCCUGGAGAGCUGAGGCUGGACAACAUCGUGAGCCUCAAGUACCUGGACUGUGUCAUCAAGGAGGUGCUCAGACUCUUUACGCCUGUUUCCGGGGCCUACAGGACCGCCAUGCAGACCUUCGAACUUGACGGAGUCCAGAUUCCAAAGGGCUGGAGUGUCAUGUACAGCAUUCGGGACACCCACGACACCUCAGCCGUCUUUAAGGAUGUGGACGCCUUCGACCCGGACCGCUUCAGCGAGGAGCGAGGAGAAGACAAAGAGGGACGCUUCCACUAUCUGCCCUUCGGCGGUGGUGUCCGGUCCUGCCUGGGCAAGCAGCUCGCUACCCUCUUCCUUCGCAUCCUGGCUAUUGAGCUGGCCAGCACCAGCCGCUUCGAGCUGGCAACCCGGCAGUUUCCUCGAGUGGUUACGGUACCUGUGGUCCACCCUGUCGACGGGCUGAAAGUCAAGUUCUACGGCUUGGACUCCAACCAGAACGAGAUCAUGGCCAAGUCGGAAGAGCUGCUGGGAGCGACUGUUUGAAGGGCAGAGAAUCGAUGAGUGGGGGAGUGAUGGAAGAAGUCUUUAGGGAGGAGAUUGAAGGAAGAAAAGAAAGAAUUUCAGAGUUAUUUUUUCUCCUCCACCUUUUCGGACUAAAAGAAAAGCAGAAGUCUUCGUCUCUUGUUACAACUGAUGAUGAUCGGGACCUUCCUCUGAGAAAGAAAGAAGCUGCCAAAAAAGUUCUUAAUUAUGCUCUAUUCUGUGUAUUUUUCUAAAGAAAUAUACAAACAAAAUGUAUGUACAAAAAAGCUAUGUAAUAUAAUUUGAAAGAGAAUGUGGGUAGUGCACAAUGGGAGAAAGAGAGGUAUGGUGGUACUUUUGGUGAAAUGAAGUGUUGAAAUUGGAAAAGUAAAAGAAAAGACGGUUGCGGAAGGAAGGCGAGAUGGAUGAAACAGGGUAUAGGAGGAGAGAAUAUGAUAUUUUAGCAUUUUGCUUGUGCUUAAUCAAAUGCAGUGAACCAUUUCAGUUGUACAGCAGGGUAAGAGAGAUGGAUAUAUAAACUGAUAGUUCCAGAUCUUCUGGUCAAUUUGUUCAAUUUUGAGCCCGAAUUCUUCACAGCGCCAGAUUCAACUCAUGUUAUCCGCUCGACACAUCAGUGGUGGCAUUGUGUUUUCCAUUAAAAGGUCCAUCACAUUGCUUACUAGCUUACGGAUGCAAAAGGAUCAGAGCACCUUGCGUGGCAGGUGGCGGCACAGGUACACUGUGCUGCUGAGCUCGUCCCAUUGGCUCCUGAUGCUGUCAAUAUAUUGAAAUUAGGGUCAAAUAUCAAUACAGGUAUUUAAGGGAAGAGCUCAGAAAUGAGGGGUGUAGUUCUGAUGGAGAUAUACUGGCUGCAUAUUUCAUUUUGAAUCGAUGUAAACGGGCAAAUAGUUCAAUCUCUUUCAAGACUUCCUUUCCUGCUUGUUGUUUCACAAAGCUGCCUCUACACUCCAUGAUUGUCAUUGGUUUAUCAACAGUUCCUAUAUUGCUUCCAGUCGUGCAUCGUACAGUAAAAUAAGCUUCAGCCUUCUGUCCACAUUAACACAAAGAUAUCAGGGGUUUCCAAUGUAGCUUGACAUAUAUCCUUCUGCAACCAUUGUGUGUUCCUCCCCAAGGAAGCAACUCUGGUGGUGCAAGCAGAAGAACUUGAACUCACAAUUGGCAUCACGCGAGAUACAACUGAAUCAAAUGAGUAAUGACUGCUUUCCAGGUCUGCUUUGCGAACUCUCCGAACCGGAGGAGACGAUAAAGAAGUCGCUCUCAAGAAGAGACUUCCCGGAGGAGAAAGAGACAGAGGGAUAAGGUGGAGAUGGAGAAAACCUACAUACAUGCUGCUUGAGUGUCGCUUCGUCAUUCUGUGUUUGUUUUUAUUUGUGUGCCGUUUUUAUUUUUCUUCGUCUCCUUGGGGCAGCCAUUUUGAGUUGUGUGGAGAAGGUGACAUUUCGUCUCGCUGCUCCCUCCAAUCAACGCUAAAGAAUGCAAAACAACAAAUAAAUUCCACGGUUUAAGCAACUUUAUUAGCUGUAAGAGAUUUAUUGUUUGAGGUGAUUGCACAAUCAGAACUCUCAGAGCUUUGUGACUUCCGUGAUUGGAGAGGAAGCUUCUGCGAUGGGACUCUUGGACAUUCGAGAAUCCCUGGAUGGAGUUCUGGGUUCCAAACCGAAGCUGGAGAGAGAAGGACCAAUGAGGUUUCAGGGGAGGGCGGGGUCACGCUCAGAGGGCUUUUCUUAUUGGACGAUCCUGUUGUAGCAUUCCAGAUGGAUUCUGCCUGUGCUAGACAUCGUUCACUCUUUCUACCAACCACACCACUGAUUUCAUUCUAAAAAUAUAUAAAAAUAGAUUUUGUUUGCUGCUUUUCUUGUGUACAUUUUCUAAUUGAGAGUUCUAGAUUGCAAUAGUUUGUAUCGAGUGAGAUUGCUUUUUUUUUUUAAUCGUUACCAUUAAGUUAAUGAUUAAACUAUUUGCAUUUUGUGAAAGCAGAAAGAGCAUUAAUAGAUUAUAGUGUAUAUUAAUUUGUAUAAUAUUCCUUCCUUUAGCAAGCCAUGGGGAAAAUCAGCUAUUUACAUCUACUAAUAACCUAAUAUUAAUGUUAUUGUACGAUUAAUAUUGUUGUUAUAAGAUAUUUGAAAUGCUAUUUUUUAUUCUAUUACAGAUUUAGAGUUAUUGGAUGUAUUUAGAAUGUUAUGUAUUUCAGUUAUAUUGUAAACAGUGUUUAAAAUGUUAAUAUUGUUGAUUUGAUUACUGUAAUAAUUAUUAUUUGAUUUGUUAUUCAGACUUAUUAUCACUGCAUUUUAUUUGAUAUUAAUUAUGGAAAACAGAAAGCACUUGCGAGGUAUGUCUAUUUUUUAAGUGCCAUGCGACUACACGUCCCCUUCCUCUCUCAACCUGUCAUUCUGUACAUAAUAUUUCUUUUUACAGGAAUGUUCACUUAGUUUAAAUAUGAAUGUCUUGUUCUUUCUUCCUUUCCUUUUUUUGUUACCAUGAUUGUUAAAUGUACUCCUGUAAUAAACUAUAAAGUAAA